GCCCACAGCUCAUACCUUCUGCCACAGCCAUGGCUCAUUCUCUGGCUCUGAGCCUCCUUAUCCUGGUUCUGACCCUGGGCAUCCCCCAGACCCAAGGCAGUGAUGGAGGGGCUCAGGACUGUUGCCUCAAGUACAGCGUAAGGAAGAUUCCUGCCAAGGUUGUCCACAGCUACCGGAAGCAAGAACCAAGUUUAGGCUGCCCCAUCUCGGCUAUCCUGUUCUCACCCCGGAAGCGCUCUCUGCCAGAGCUAUGCGCAGACCCAAAGGAGACCUGGGUGCAGCAGCUGAUGCAGCGUCUGGACAAGCCACAAGCUCCAGAUCAGGGCUGUAGAAAGGACAGGGGGGCCUCCAAGGCUAGCAAGAAGGGAAAGGGCUCCAGAGGCUGCAAGAGGACUAAGCAGUCACAGACUCCAAAAGGGUCAUAGCCUGGUGACCAGCCUGGAGCUCUGGAGGCCCCCACCAGCCUCACCAGGGCUUGGAGCCCUAACCCAAGGGGCUAGAAGAAAACUCAGGGGCCCUGGAGCAGCCGCCCUACACUAGCCUUCCACACUCCUUCUGCUUCAACCAUCCCAUCUGCAUUCCCAGCCCUACCAUGCAUGGCUGAGUUGCCCACACCAGGCCUGGCCCAGAGAGACAGAGGAGGGAGAGUCUCCCAGGGAGUAUGAGAGGAGACAGCUGGACUGUCCCAUCUAAGGAGAAUCACCCAGGGCCCUGGCCCUGAUCUUGCAUCUCACUGUACCCCCCUUAUUCCCUGUAAAUAUGAUUUAUACUCAACCGAAUAAAAAGCUGUUC